AUGGAGCCCAUCAAGAUUCCCACCCAACCGGCCAAGAGACGCCGCAUCGGUGUACUCACCUCCGGUGGAGAUGCCCCCGGUAUGAACGGUGCGGUGCGUGCCGUUGUUCGAAUGGCCAUUCACUGCGACUGUGAAGCCUAUGCCAUCUUCGAAGGAUACGAGGGUCUGGUCAAGGGCGGAAACCUUAUCCGCCAGCUGCACUGGGAGGAUGUCCGUGGCUGGUUGUCCCGCGGCGGUACCCUGAUCGGUUCUGCCCGCAGUAUGGGAUUCCGUGAGCGUGUUGGCCGUAUGCAGGCAGCAAAGAACAUGGUCCUGCGCGGAAUUGACGCUUUAGUCGUUUGUGGUGGUGACGGCAGUCUGACCGGUGCCGAUGUCUUCCGCGCCGAGUGGCCAGGUUUGUUAGCCGACCUCAUUGCCUCCGGCGAACUGUCUGCAGAGCAGGUGGAGCCCUACAAGGUGUUGAACAUUGUGGGCCUUGUGGGCUCAAUUGACAAUGACAUGUCUGGAACGGAUGCUACCAUCGGAUGCUAUUCGUCCCUCACCCGAAUCUGUGAUGCCGUCGAUGACGUUUUCGAUACUGCAUUCUCUCACCAACGUGGCUUCGUCAUCGAGGUUAUGGGUCGACACUGUGGAUGGCUGGCCCUGAUGUCUGCCAUCAGUACCGGUGCUGACUGGCUUUUCCUUCCCGAGAUGCCCCCCAAGGAAGGAUGGGAGGAUGACAUGUGCUCUGUGAUCACCAAGAACCGAACCGAACGCGGCAAGCGCCGUACCAUCGUCAUCGUCGCUGAAGGAGCUCAGGAUCGUCAAUUGAAUAAGGUUUCGAGCUCGAAGAUCAAGGACAUUCUCACCGACCGCUUGGGCUUGGAUACUCGUGUCACCAUUUUGGGACAUACCCAACGAGGUGGCGCGGCAUGUGCCUACGACCGCUGGUUAUCCACGUUGCAGGGUGUCGAAGCUGUCCGCGCUGUGUUGGAGAUGUCACCCAAGUCCCCUUCGCCUGUCAUCACCAUCCGCGAAAACAAGAUCAUGCGCACCCCAUUAAUGGAAGCUGUUCAGGCCACCAAGGAUGUGACUGCCAAGAUUGACAACAAGGAGUUUGAUACCGCUAUGGAUAUGCGCGAUGCUGAAUUCAAGGAAUACUACAACGCCUACCUGAACACUGCGAUUCCUGAACACCCCAAGAUGACUCUUCCCGAGGGAAAGAGAAUGCGCAUCGCCAUCAUCCACGUUGGUGCCCCGGCCGGUGGCAUGAACCAGGCCACUCGUGCCGCCGUCGCAUACUCCCUCACCCGUGGUCACACUCCACUGGCUAUCCACAACGGGUUCCCUGGAUUGACUCGCCACCACGACGACAAGCCAGUCAGCUCGGUCCGCGAGGUUACUUGGCUGGAAGCCGACAGCUGGGUCAACGAGGGUGGCUCUGACAUCGGAACCAACCGUACCCUCCCAUCGGCCGAUAUGGAGAACACUGCCAAGUGCUUUGAGCUCUACAAGUUUGACGCGUUGUUUGUUGUCGGUGGUUUCGAGGCAUUCACAGCUGUCAGCGAGCUGCGCCAGGCACGCGCCAAGUACGAUGCGUUCAAGAUCCCUCUUGUCGUGCUCCCAGCUACAAUCUCCAACAACGUUCCUGGAACCGAAUACUCUCUGGGUAGCGACACCUGUCUGAACACCCUCAUUGACUUCUGUGACGCUAUUCGCCAGUCCGCUUCUUCCUCUCGUCGCCGAGUCUUUGUGAUCGAGACCCAGGGUGGAAAGUCCGGCUAUAUCGCAACUACCGCUGGUCUGGCGAUGCUUUCGCGCGACAUCGACUUCCUGCGUGACAACUUCAUUCGCGACAAGGGAGCCAACCGCGCUGGUAAGAUCAUUCUACGUAACGAAUGUGCCUCCAACACCUAUACCACCCAGUUCAUUGCCGAUAUCUUCAAGGAAGAAGCCAAGGGUCGAUUUGAGUCUCGUGCUGCCGUCCCUGGACACUUCCAGCAAGGUGGAAAGCCCUCGCCCAUGGAUCGUGUGCGUGCUUUGCGUAUGGCUAUUAGGUGCAUGGAGCACAUUGAAGGAUAUGCUGGUAAGAGUCGUGACACCAUUGCUGCAGACCCCAUGUCAUCUGCGGUGAUCGGUGUCAAGGGCUCUCAGGUGCUCUUCUCGCCUAUGGGUGGCGACACUGGACUGGAAGAGACCGAGACUGAUUGGGCCCGCCGUCGCCCCAAGUCCGAGUUUUGGCUCGAGCUCCAGGACGUUGUCAAUGUCCUGUCCGGCCGAUCCCACGCCAACACCAAGGGGACCUGGUCUUGCUACGAGAGUACGUGA